AUGCCGGAUGAGAUGCAAAGAGCUUUAAUCCAGAGAGGAAGCGACUGCAGACCUCUCGGACCCGCUAUGUCUGAGCUCGACACGCAAGUUGUCGGCAUCCUGGGCUCCGGUGACUUCUCCCGCUCACUUACCGCCAGACUGCUGGCCUCAGGCUACCGGGUGGUGGUCGGGAGUCGAAACCCCAAACGCUCUGUAUCGCUCUUCCCUGAAGACGCAGAGGUGACCUCCCAGCUUGAAGCGGCCAGCCAGGCCGACGUGGUUUUUGUGGCCGUCUUCCCCGAGCACCACUCUACCCUGUUGGAGCUGAAGCCGGCACUGGCUGGAAAGAUACUGGUGGAUGUUAGCAAUAGCUUCCAAAUCAAGCAAGAAGGGCCAUCCAAUGCGGAAAAACUAGCAGACAUGUUUCCUGAGAGCUUUGUAGUGAAAGGCUUUAACACAAUAUCGGCGUGGGUGCUUCAGACUGGACCUCGAGACGGAAGCCGGCAGGUUUUCCUGUGCAGUAAUAACAGCAAGGCCAAGCGCUCAGUCCUGGCAAUGUGUCGCAGGAUGGGCUUUUGUCCCGUGGACAUGGGCCCACUUUCUUAUUCUUUAGAAGUUGAAAACCUUCCGCUUCAUUUGUUCCCUUCGUGGGGCAGGCCGGUCCUCGUCACCGUCGUUCUCUUCGUCUUCUUCUACCUUUACAACUUCAUCCGUGACGUCUUGCAUCCCUUCACCACAGCGGGGCAGAGUUUCUUCUACAAAAUGCCCAUCGAAACGGUCAACGUCACUCUACCUUCCGUCGCUUUGGUGAUGCUUACGCUGGUCUACAUACCGGGCUCGAUCGCCGCGAUGGUCCAGCUGUGGCGGGGCACCAAAUACAGUCGGUUUCCGAACUGGCUCGACAAGUGGCUCGCCGUGAGGAAGCAGUUUGGCUUGUGCAGCUUCCUGUGCGCGGCCAUGCACGCCGUCUACAGUCUUUGUCUGCCCAUGAGGCAGUCGGCUCGCUUCAGGUUGCUCAACGCCGCUGUCAAACAGGUGCAAGACCAUGUGGACAACGUGUGGAGCGAUGAGAGGGUAUGGAGGAUGGAGCUUUACUUGUCAGCGGGCAUCAUGGCGCUCGGGUUGUUGUCCCUGCUGGCCAUCACUUCACUGCCCUCCGUGGCUAACAACAUCAACUGGCGAGAGUUUAGCUUUGUACAGUCCACUUUAGGCUACUGCGCCCUGUUCAUGUCCACUCUCCAUACACUCAUCUUCGGCUGGGACCGCGCAUUUGACCCAAGCCAAUACCGCUUCUACCUGCCACCCACUUUCUUAUUGGUUGUCAUCCUCCCUGUUGCACUUCUACUGGUUCGCCUUCUCCUCCUGUUGCCUUGCUUUGCGCAGCAGCUCCAAAGGAUCCGCCGCGGAUGGGAGAGGAGUCGAAACGUCCGUUUCGUCCUGUCCAACGAUUGCUGCUACGACGGCUUUGAUAAUACCAGCAAUGUUUGA